AUGAUGAAGAUAAAUGGAAAUGAGGGAAGACCUUUCUCUAUACUGUUUAGAGGCUGCAGUUUCUUGAUACUAUAUGAAGCUGGAGUGUUAGCUGCUCUGCGGGAAUUGUCACCUGACAUACUGAAAUCUGCAUCCAGGAUCUAUGGGGCAUCUUCGGGAUCGGUUGUAGCUACACUUGCAUUGUGUGAGUGUGAUAUAGGAAAAGCCAUUAAAUUGUUAAAGGAGGUCUUAAACAAAUACCUGCCAACGAACGCCCACCAGCUGGUAUCUGGGAAGCUGCAUGUUAUCCUCACCCGUUUGCGCGACUGGAAAUGCGUGCUGGUUUCAGAGUUUGCCUCGAGGGAGGACCUCAUUCAGGCCAUAACAUGCAGCUGCUUCAUCCCUGUGUAUUUUGGGUUAUUACCUCCUACGUACCAUGGAGUGCGUUACGUUGAUGGAGAACUCUGCAUGUGGCGGGCCAACUUCGUGUCCCGGACCACAAUUACCGUGUCUGCUUUCGCUGGCGAAUACGACAUCUGUCCCAAAGAUUGCCCAGCUGCCUUCUUCACUUUCCAACUCUCUGAUUGUACCGAGAGCCAUGAGGCCCCAAUAGCUGGCCCAUCUGCCCUGACUGCUACCUCUCCCCUGCAGGUUCUGAACCAGUUUUUUAUCCAUGGCUACCAGGACACAGUCUCCUACUUUAAAAGACUGAGUAAGUGA